CGCACCAGGGUUUCGUCUGGAAGUGAACCGAGACAAUCUCUCCGACUGUUUGGUCCGCACCAAAGUUCGAUGAUUUGUAUUCACACCAGUCCAAAAGCUCCAGCGAUUUUUUUGGUUGGGUUCGAACCAAACAAGGCAGGUGUGAAUGCGCCCUAUGUCUCCCUUUCCAAGGGCUCCAGAGCUCCUCCUAGGCCUGCCUUACACAGGAGCCAUCGACGUCUGGGCUCUGGGGUGCGUGGCCUUGGACCUGUUCACUGGAUACCCCAUCUACCCGGGGGACUCAGACUACCAGAUGGUUCAGUACAUCAUGGAUACCCAGGGUCCAUUUCCAUACAAUAUGAUGGUUUCUGGGAUUAAAACUGAGCAGUUUUUCACGAGCAGUUACAAACUCAAGUCCCCAGAGACGUACUACCACGAGACAGGCAUCAAGACCACUGAGAACAGAUGCUACUGUCUCAACUCACUAGAUGAUCUUGCAGAGGGGGCGGAGGAGGACACUCACCGCUUUGUGGACCUGGUGAAGGGGAUGCUGCAGCUUGAGGCCGACUGGCGCAGCAGCCCGCAGGCCGUUCUGGACCACCCCUUCUCCACCUCCCCUGCUGUUGCUGUUGUUGGACGCCACGACGACAACGCUGGCCACCUCCUCGCUAGCCAGGACCAGUCCAGCUGCAGAAACACCAGCGUUGGCACCAAGGUGGCGCUGCUCGAGUCCCUGGUGUCCAAACAGCCUCUCAGUAGCAUCAAAAGGAAAAGAGGGGGGACCGACAGUGCUGGAAACAGGCGGCAAUAG